GAGCUGGGAUGGGAGGUGGCAACGACGAGCGUGAACAGACCCUGAAUCAGAUCUUGACUGAGUCCUGGCUGCAAGCCAGCUUAAAGUUUGAGUGCAACAGUGGUGUCAUUGUUGUCGCGGCCACAAACAGAUCUGACAUUCUGGACAAUGCAUUGCUGCGUCCAGGACGUUUCGAUCGACGCGUAACCGUGGGCCUGCCUGAUGUCAAGGGACGUCAGCAGAUUCUGAACGUGCACAUUCGCAACAAAAAGCUGGAAGAGGAGAUCACGCUGACAGAUAUCGCAAAGCGGACUGCAGGCUUCAGUGGAGCUGACCUGGAGAAUCUGAUGAACGAGUCAGCGAUUCUGGCGGCGCGCCGCAGCAAGAAGGCCAUAUCCAUGGAUGAGAUCAACGAUGCGACUGACCGUGUGAUUGCAG